CGGUGUAACGCCACCUGACGUACACCCGUCUGUCAACUCCCGGAACUCCCUCAACCAAUCAGGACUCAACUGGAACUGACGCGUGCUCAGCUCGACGCCAGCAAACAUCGGGCGGGUUUCCGCUGUAUCGAGGGGAUUGAGCCGCCUAAAAAAGCUACAUGUGAGAGAUGGGAAGAGAGAAGGACGCUAAAGGAGAAGGGAAGGCCAAGAACAAAGCAACGAGGCUGAAAAGGCUGAGUGACAAUGACAGCGCUGGUGCCGGGGGAGAUACGAUCAAGAACAGUGCAAAGUCAACUAAAGCUACAGAGAAAACAGAGAAUGGGAAGUCUCAUAAAAAGGUCAAGACACUUAAGACUGAAACACUGGAGUCAGCCAGCAGCCCCAGAGAGUCCGUGAAACAGGAGCCAGAGGACGAUGACUUUGCUGCCAAGAAAAAAGGAUUGAAAAGGAAAAGAAUCAAGGAUGAGUCUAUGGAAGGCCCUUCACACUCCACUACUUCACCUACCUCAAAGAAGAAAAAUAAGCGACAUGGGCAGAACGAAGAAAAUGACGGAGAAGCUCAGAAAAAUAAGUCGAAGAAGAGAACAGAAAAGACAGUAAAGAAAGAGGAGGGAGAGCAUUCAGUCUCAAAAAAACCAAAGAGGACAAAAGAGGAUAUUGAGGAGGCAAGACAGCUGAAGAUCAAAAAGAAAGAGGAGGAGGAACAGAGUCGCUGGAGAUGGUGGGAGGAAGAUAAGUAUGAAGAUGGGGUGAAAUGGAAGUUCCUGGAACACAAUGGACCCUACUUCCCUCCUGACUACCAGCCUCUGCCAGAUGACGUUCACUUCUACUAUGAUGGUAAGGAAGUGAAGCUGAGCCUGGCAGCUGAAGAGGUGGCAAUGUUCUUUGCCCAGAUGUUGGACCAUGAUUACACCACCAAGAAGGUGUUCCGAGAGAACUACUUUAACGAUUGGAGGAAGGAGAUGACCCAUGAGGAGAGGUCACUGAUUAAAAAUCUUGACAAAUGUAACUUUGGAGAGAUCCAUGCCAUGCAUAAAGCCAAGGUGGAGGCCAGGAAAGUCAUGACCAAAGAGGAGAAACUGGUUAUGAAAGAGGCCAACCAGAAGAUAGUGGAUGAAUACGGCUACUGUCUGCUUGACCACCACAAAGAGCGCAUCGGCAACUUUAAGAUUGAGCCUCCAGGGCUGUUCCGGGGUAGAGGAGAGCAUCCAAAACAGGGCAUGCUGAAAAAGAGGAUCCAACCAGAGGAUGUCAUCAUCAACUGCGGCAAACAAGCCUGCGUCCCCGUGCCGCCUGCUGGUCACCGUUGGAAGGAGGUUCGACAUGACAACACUGUGACAUGGCUGGCCAGCUGGACUGAGAACAUCCAGAGCUCCAUUAAAUACAUCAUGCUGAAUGCCAACUCAAAGCUCAAGGGAGAAAAGGACUGGGAGAAAUACGAGAUUGCCCGGAAACUAAAGUUAUGCGUGGAAGACAUCCGUAACCAGUACAACCAGGAUCUCAAAUCCAAACAGAUGGUGACACGACAAAGAGCUGUGGCCCUCUACUUCAUAGACAAGCUGGCGCUGAGAGCUGGUAAUGAGAAGGAGGAGGGAGAGACUGCAGACACAGUUGGUUGCUGCUCGCUACGUGUGGAGCACAUCACCCUUCAUGAGAAACUGGAAGGCAAUGAGUGCGUGGUGGAAUUUGACUUCCUGGGUAAAGACUCCAUUCGUUACUACAACAAGGUCCCCGUCAUCAAAAAGGUUUUUAAGAAUCUUAAACUGUUCCUGGAGAACAAACAGCCUGGAGAUGACCUCUUUGACCGCCUCAAUACAGGCGCGCUGAACAAGCACCUAGGUUCUCUAAUGGCCGGUCUGACUGCCAAGGUCUUCAGGACAUACAACGCCUCCAUCACCUUACAGCAGCAGCUCAAAGAGCUCACAAACAAGUCCGACAAUGAGCCAGAGAAACUGCUCUCCUACAACAGGGCAAACAGAGCAGUUGCCAUUCUGUGUAACCACCAGCGGGCGCCGCCAAAGACCUUCGAUCAGUCCAUGGCUAACCUUCAGUCCAAGAUUGAUGCCCGAAAGGAAUCGCUGUCCCUGGCAAAAACGGAGCUGAAACAGGCCAAGAAGGAGGCGAAGACCAAAGGGAGCUCAGACCCCAAGCUGCAGACACUGGUGGACCGGAAGAAGGCAGCAGUGAAUCGCUGUGAGGAGCAGCUGCUGAAGAUGGAGGUCCAGGCGACUGACAGAGAGGAAAACAAACAGAUUGCACUGGGUACCUCAAAGCUCAACUACCUGGACCCACGUAUCAGCGUGGCUUGGUGUAAGAACAUGGAGGUAACUAUAGAAAAAAUCUACAACAAGAGCCAAAGGGACAAGUUCGCCUGGGCCAUCGACAUGACGGAGGAGGACUUUGAGUUCUAACUUUAAUAAGCGGAUAUUAAAAUGCAAUUAAGGAACCAUUCACUUUAUAAUACAUACAGAACUUUAAUGUUGCAUUCAUAAUAUGUUCACUACUGAUUUUGUACUUCAUGAGAUUGUGUAACAAGUUUGCUUACUGCUGUUCAUUUCUGUUUGAAUGCUUUUGGCACUUAAUUUGGUUAUUUGUUUUGUUUGUAAAUUUUGUUUGCACUUAUUUGAAUAAAGGUUCCUACUAUGCAGUUAAGUGGCACGUUUUUAAGUAGACAUUGUUGCAAUAACCUCUAAUUCGAUACACUUAAAAUGUCAGUUAAACAUCUUAUUGACAAUUAUUGAAAGUAAAUUCCCAGUUUCCCAGUCUAGUUGAGCCUUAAUUGUAACAAUAGACUGUAUUUUCAAUACAAUAAAAACAUGCAACACUGAGACAUUUCAGAUAGUUAGCGAGAUCAAAUGCAACUCUGGCUUAAAAAAAGAAAUACAUA